GGUGCAGAGGUGAAGUAGAAUUGUUGUUGUGUGGUUGGGCAGUGAGGGCAAAAUGGCGGAGGAGGCUCCGUCUCUGAUUAGUCUCUGCAUGGACGCUCUGACGCAACAACUUCUCCGACCAUUCGAUGAUCUUCUUCUUCCUUCCAUCUACCAUCUUCCUUCUCACUUACUCAACACCUUAAUCACGCGCUUGCCCCCUUUCGCUCUCCGCAUAUUCCAACACCACCUGCCGUUCGACGAGGAUGGUUUUUCGCUAGACCACUCAACCAACAAGAGGAAACGCGCGGGGGAUUGGAAUCUGAAUUCAGCUUGGCAGAGGUUGUUUCGCCGGCGCUGGCCGCAGCGCGUUCAGCUGAUUCCGCCAACGGAUUGGCAGCAACUCUACUGGGAAAUGCAUUUGCAAGAUUGUUUAGAUGAAGCGGCGGAGGUAGCACUACUCCCAUCGUUUAAUGGGUAUAUCGGUGACAUACAGAUUUCAGACAGUACACUGAAACAUGUUGGCUUUGUGGGGGAUACAAGCCCUUCAACAUGUGGCCAUUCAAAAUUGUCUUACCAUUGCCGACAGUUUGGUAGCUAUGUGAGUUGUCUGAGGCUGCAAAAUGUUCUAUGUACUGCAGAAACUAGUGUUUUGUUGCAAGAGUGUAAGCUGCAGAGUCUGCUACUAAGAUGUAUCAGAUCCAAGGAACAAAUUGAUGGAUUGUGCAAACUUCUUGCGCAACAUUCUAGAACGUUAACAUCUCUGGAAUUUGUUCACUGCACAUUCUCCACAGACUUUAUUAAUGCAAUAUUUGGUUCUUUAGUCAUAGAGAGCGUACAAAAACAUGGCAUCCAACAUUUGUCAAUCAUUUCGUCAAGUUUUCUGGAACCAUGUGCAGUUUCUUUACCUAGGGGACUUGUGUCAUUUUUGUCUUCAGGAAGGUCUUUAUGCUCAUUAAAAUUAUCUGGCAACCACCAUGGACGGACUUUUGCCAAAGAUCUUUUAGUGACGCUUUUCAAUCUUUCCUCUAGCCUAUCUGUCCUCGACCUUUCUGAUAAUAAAAUAGCUGGAUGGCUUUCUGACUUUAACAGGAGAUUCCUGAGUGAUUCACAUCUGUGUUUUGGAAGUGGAAAGUCGUUGAAAAUGUUGCGAGUACUCACUCUGAGGGAAAACAAUUUAGGAAAAGAUGAUGCAGAAAGUCUUAGGUAUGCUCUUGAACGUAUGCCUAACUUGGAGGAGCUGGAUAUAAGUGACAAUUCAAUUGAAGAUGAAGGAAUCAGGAAUUUAAUUCCCUAUUUUGUUGGAGCAUCUGAAACGUGUCCUCCCAUAAAGUGUUUGAAGUUAGAGAACUGUGACUUGUCCUGCGUUUCAGUGAAUCAUCUUCUACAUGUCCUUUCUUCUUUCAAAGGGCCAUUGAAGUCUCUUUCUAUUGCUGACAAUUACCUUGGCAGUCAAGUAACCGAAGCAUUGGGAAACUUUUUUAGUACCCCAAUCGAAGUACUUGACAUUGCAGGCAUUGGCUUGGGCUCUCAUGGUUUUCAAGAGCUUCAAAAUCUAAUAAAAGAGGAGCUUAAACUGGUGAAAAUUAAUAUAAGCAAAAACCGUGGUGGGAUUGAUACUGCCAAAUUUUUGUCCAAACUUUUGUCACUGGCUCCACAACUAGUUGAAGUGAAUGCAGCCAGUAAUCUUAUGCCAAUAGAAUCACUCGCCAUAGUCUGCUCUGCAUUAAAGUUUGCAAAAGGUAAUGUUCAGCACGUGGACUUGACAGGACAUAUAUGGGACUAUAAGCCAGAGCACAUUUCUCUAUGCACUGAAUUUGUACAUAAUGAAUUACCUAUAUUGGUUCUUCCAUCAUCAUCAACCUCUGCUGCACUUCACGACCAUGAUCCUUAAUAUUAGAAUUUUGUACGAGUUUAAUUUAUGUUGCUGGGUGCAAUCAAUAGUUGUUUUUUAAUUUUUUUCUUUAUAACUUUGUAUGUUAGCCCAGUUUUAUGCAUAAUGCUUUCAAAUAUUCUAUUGGAUGUUCCAUGCCUUGAUGGUUCACUUCACUGUACAAACAAGUUAGGGAAGUUUAACUUUUGUACAUAUUGAUUGAGCCCUUGUGUUCUGUAAUUUUAAUGUAUAUUGUAGUUCAUUGGAUGCUGUGUAACAUAACAUGCACAAUCUGAUGUAUCAACUCACAAGAUGCAACAAAAGCACUUGUUUCGGGGUUAUUUUUAUAUGAACAGUUGUCAUGGUGGUUUGGAAAUCUA